AUGCUGCAACGCCGAGCUCAUUCCGAAGUCCGGCAGCGUCAUCGACACGCCCUGCUACCCCCAGAUCUUCCCCUCCCUGCUGGAGCGCGAGCUGGCGGCCCACUUCGGCAGCGAGCCGCAGCCCCUGGUCGAGCCGGGGGGCUACAGCACCAUGUAUGGGCUGGACCAGAAGCGGCUCAAGAUGGGGUCGACUUGCAGGCGGAACCUCAGGAUGCCGUCGCUCCUCGAGAUGAGCCUGGAGAGGAACUACUCCUCAAAGGCGGACGCGGGCAACCAGACCGAGAUCGAUGUGUCCAACGUCGAGGAGUUCUUCUGCCAGGAGAGCGGCUGGGCGAGCCGGACGCGGAUCUGCGGCACGGGCGGUGCUUCGCGGUCUCCCGCGGCGGCCCCGUGGGGUCUGCGGGGCACAAGGGGCUGCCCGCGCGGAAGAGCAAGGCGCUGCAGGAGCCUGUGGGGUGA